AUGGGAAAAGGCCAAGUCAGAUCUUUUGUGCCUCAUGUGUCUUCUCCGGCAGAGUUGAGAAUUUCUCCUAAAAGGGUUCGAAUCACUUCAUCAUCACAAACUCAUUCGGUGCAUCUACAUGAACCUCAUCAAUUGCCACCUCAAGGUGCCAUUCCUAACAUAAGUGAACAUGGAGAAGAUCAAGCUAGCGUCUCCAAACCGGAAUCGAACCCAAUAGCUUCUUCUCCAAAGAUGAGCCCCUACGUACAUGACUCCUUCUCUUCAGAUUUUGCACACGACGACAACUACACGCCCAUCCUUGAUGCUAAUCCUCCCAUAGAAAGCCCUUUCUCAAAAGAAGCUUCAAAGUCACCGCAAGUCAUCCCUUCUCCUCAACAUCCAAAGGAAGACUCUACUCCAAAAGCUAUGGAGGUUGCAUCUAUGAGCUCGUCUCUUCCUCAACUUGUGAGAAAAGACAUAGGCUUGGAGUCUUUUUGGGUAAAUAAGCUCAUUGAAAAGGUGAAAUCAUCGCGUCCUCAUAAACAAGAAUCUUUGAGGGAGGAAACCUUAAAAUUGCACAAAAACUUGAUGACACAUGGAGCCAACAUUUCAAUCACAAGAGACAAGAUAUAUGAAGUAAUUGAUAUGGCCAAGAUUUCCCAUGACACAAAUAAUGGAGGAAGUAACCUAAGCUUGGCAGAAAAUGAGGAAUUGAUGGCAAAAGAGGAAAGGCUAAAGAAGACCAAAUUGUCUCUCACAACAAUGUCCCAACAUAUGGAUGAGGCUAAUAUGGAGCUCGUACAUAUAAGAAAGAAAUUGCAAGAGUUGAGAGCCCUAGAGGAAAAAUUAAAAGCGCAAGAAAAAGAAAAAGAACAAAUCAUCUCCUCAGGAAUGAGUCUCUUAUCUGAUACUCCUCCCAUUGAAGAAGUGAACAAGUCCUUCGAUGAUAUUCAUCAACAAAUUGAAGCACUUGGAGGUGACGGUGACAAAUCACAACCCUUAUUGUCAUCUAAGGAGGCUCUUGCCAACUUUGAGAGAGCAAAAGCUCAACUUUAGGUUUAGCUUAUUUUUUUAUCUUUGAAUCUAGCUUAGCUUACUUCCUUUACUUAGUUUUAGGCCAUAUCUAUUUUAUUCAUUCAACUUUAACUUGAUGUAGCCCAUGCCUUCUCAACU